GUGCACAGCAUCCGCAUGGAUUGCGAUAACGAUGUGCUGCUGUUGGAAGUGACACAAACCGGCCACACGCCUGGUCUCGCCUGCCACACAGGCCGGCACAGCUGCUUUUUCCAAACUCUGGACAAGGCGCAAUUGGCCAAAACCAUCGCCCAGAGGCAAGCCGCCGGUGAUAUUUCUGGCAGCUAUAUCGCCAAGCUAUUGGCCCAAGCCCCCGAUGCCGUGCUCAAAAAAAUAGCCGAAGAAGCAGGCGAGUUGAUUAUGGCUUGCAAAGAUGCCGAUGCCGGCAAAGACAAAACCCGCAUUGUGGCUGAAACGGCUGAUUUAUGGUUCCAUUGCUUGAUUGCGCUGGCCCAUUACGGCUUGGGCCCUGAUGAUGUUCUUGCCGAACUGGCCCGCCGCGAAGGC